CAUCAACUCACUCACUUAUAACAUAACCGUUUCAAGUGCAUUUGUUUCGGCGUCAUGCAGGGAUCAUGAGGCAAGAUAACUGCGAGCAGGUGAUAUUAGAGCCGAGGAAAAUCGCCCGGCAUUACCUGAAGACCUGGUUCUUCCUCGAUCUCAUCUCCUCCAUUCCCCUAGAUUACAUCUUCCUCAUCGUUAAUCAGGAUUUCGACGAGAAUUUCCAGAUCCUUCACGCCGGGCGGGCGCUUCGGAUCCUACGACUGUGCAAGCUCCUCAGCCUCGUCCGGCUCCUGCGCCUCUCGAGGCUGGUGCGAUACGUCAGCCAGUGGGAGGAAGUCUACCUCGAGAAGAGCUUGCGAAAGCGAUUGACGAAUCGACGUGCCCGUCGAGGAUCGGUGGAAUACUUGCCACGGAAGACUGUUUUUGACAAGUUCCUGAACAUGGCGAGCGUGUUCAUGCGGAUCUUCAACCUGAUCAGCAUGAUGUUGCUCAUCGGGCAUUGGUCCGGUUGCCUGCAGUUCCUCGUUCCGAUGCUCCAGGGCUUCCCCGCGAACUCCUGGGUCGCCAUCAACGAACUCCAGCAUGCUCAGUGGAUGGAGCAGUAUUCCUGGGCCCUGUUCAAGGCCAUGUCCCACAUGCUCUGCAUCGGGUACGGCCGGUUCCCGCCGCAGAAUCUGACCGACAUGUGGCUGACCAUGCUGAGCAUGAUCAGCGGGGCCACCUGCUACGCCCUCUUCUUGGGGCAUGCCACCAAUCUCAUCCAGAGCCUCGACUCCUCUCGCAGACAAUAUCGGGAACGGGUAAAACAGGUGGAAGAAUACAUGGCGUACCGGAAGCUUCCGGGAGACCUCCGCCAGAAGAUCACGGACUUCUACGAGCACCGAUAUCAAGGGAAGUUCUUCAACGAGAAGGAGAUACUCAACGAACUCAACGAACGUUUGCGCGAGGAUGUGAUAAAUCACAACUGCCGGUCGCUGGUGAAGUCGGUGCCGUUCUUCGCCCACGCCGACCCUCAGUUCGUCACCGACGUGGUCACCAAGCUCCAAUACGAAGUCUUCCAGCCGGGCGACAUCAUCAUCAAGGAAGGCACGAUCGGCACGAAGAUGUACUUCAUCCAGGAAGGCAUCGUGGACAUCGUGAUGUCCUCGGGCGAGGUCGCCACCAGCCUCUCGGACGGCUCCUACUUCGGCGAGAUCUGCCUCCUCACGAACGCCAAGCGCGUCGCCAGCGUCCGCGCCGAGACCUACUGCAAUCUCUUCUCCCUGUCCGUUGAGCAUUUCAACGCGGCCGUCUCCGCCAUCGUGACCGCCCUCUCGGGCAACUCCGGCAGCGACGAGUCCCUCUUCACCAACACGAGCGGCGACCACCCCCACCACCGCCACUUCCUCGGCCUGUCCGAGAUGGCCGCCAAGGUCCUCCCCCGGCCCAAGAGCGAGAACGUCUUCCCCUUCACCGAGGGGAAUCUCCUCGGCGUCCAGCAGCGGCCGUUUCACCAGUCCGAGCAUUCCUUCCCCCGGCUGAACAAGAUCGGGAAGAACCCCUCGAUGGUGUCGACCCGCGACGACCUGGACACGAAGGCCGUCUCCGCCAUCGUGACCGCCCUCUCGGGCAACUCCGGCAGCGACGAGUCCCUCUUCACCAACACGAGCGGCGACCACCCCCACCACCGCCACUUCCUCGGCCUGUCCGAGAUGGCCGCCAAGGUCCUCCCCCGGCCCAAGAGCGAGAACGUCUUCCCCUUCACCGAGGGGAAUCUCCUCGGCGUCCAGCAGCGGCCGUUUCACCAGUCCGAGCAUUCCUUCCCCCGGUUCGCGGCCAACGCGGAUCUCGAGUCCAAUUAGAGCCGGAGCCGAAUCCAAAACUCGUUCAAGUUUCGGUAUUGUUCACGUUUCUGUUUGCGAGAUUCGGUCGGGACGCGGCUGAGAUGUUUCUUUUCGGUCUCGAUUUCGACGUUUCGACUUCUCUCACGUUCGGUGUUCCGUUCGAUCACUUUUUCCAUUCAAUGUU